AUGGCCUCCAAAGAAAACGGCGACCCUAACCUGGUUUGAAAGAGGAAAAGAGAGAGAGAGAGGAUGGAAAGUAAAAAUAAUAACCAAGAAUGAAAAAAACUUUGAUCUCAUCAAAAUUUAAGAUUUAGAAACUAUUUGUUCAAAUGUUUAUUGGAUUUUCAAAACGUUCUAUAUUUUUUCCAAUCCUUCCAAUUUCACUCUUUUCCUGGACUGGAAGUUUUUUUGAAGCCUUCCUCUUACAAUUAAGAGAAAUGAAGUCAAUUAAAUGUAAAAAUCAAUUGUACAAUGUAUAAAAAUGUAUAAAUCAAUCAAAUAGAUUACUGAAUUUCAUUUUUAGGUCGAAAAAAGACAUGAAAUAACUGUUUUACCCUUCAAGCUUUAUUUACCCGAAUAUUAUGAAGUAGAUCUUCUUAAAGCCCCAAUGUAAACAGUUUUUACAGGGCGGAUAUAAGAAACCGAAAAUUAUGGCUUUUCGUACUUUUCCCAUUGCUUCGGUACAUUCAUCCGACUCAACAGCAUUUGGAACAUAUCAUCUGGAGUUUAGACGAUUCUCAAAGUUUUUUUGGCGAUAGUAUCCAUCGGACAGAUUUCGACGAUUGUCGCUUUGCGAUGGGGCAAAAUCCGCAAGUGGAAAGGUGUAAGCUUAGGUGGUAUAAAAGAAAACGGGAAAUUGUUGAAGGAAUGUUUGACGAGAAACACCAAAUAGCGAUCGACUUGGCUGAAGGUCGCGACUGGAUGGUCUUCGCCUGCACGGUUUUCGUCGGCAUCUGCUUCUGGAAAUUGGGCUCGUGAGAUUUUGAAACUUUCAUUUGGAUACAGGACAUAUCUGCCGACAUAUUAGGAUGUGAAUAUUAAGAGGAGUUUCGAGUCUUCUGUUGGCGAAUCGCCACCAACGACUUAUGAACGCACUGCGAGCCCAGACGCGCCAAAGACACUCGGCCGCCGUCGCCAACAUCCAUCGCGACUUUGAACUUCGAGCGGUAGAGCACAAUCCACUCAGCUUUCAGUGGAUGUAUUUUGCAGAAAAUGUUUGCCUCCGAGAAUCCCUCAGUCGCACCGCAAGUUCUUCGCACUGUGAGUUCUUUUUGAAACUUCCGCCUUUUUCUUUGACUGAAUUGAAAUUUCAGAUUCCAAAAGAGAUUUCAAAAGCUUUGCUUGUGCACGGAACACCUCGCUUCUGA